AAAGAGUCUUGUAUAUAGACGGCAUUUCGUUGAGGAUCGGUUUGUAUAGUCGUAUACUGAAACCAGCUGAGCUAAAUAAAUAAAGAUGUUAUGAUUUGUACUGAUGCAAUGAGGCUAUGCUCCUGUCUAAAUCCUUCUGAGGCUGAAGGCACCAGACGAGCGUGCGGAAUGAAUAUGGGCCGGUUACACUUUGACAUUUUUCUCUUUGCCUCGGCUUUGAUACAUAUCGGUAGCAUCAUUGGCUUUUUUACUGGGAUGGGAAAUUUGGGCUACAUUGUAUUUUGGUAUGGGAUGUGGCUUCUGAUUACUGCUGUUGCUUGGAUUUCCACUUGGGCUCCUGAACAGCCCAGCAGCCAUGUCCAAGUUUAAGGCCUUAUAUGUACGACAGCGCUUGUUAAAAUAUGAGUGAUAGAAAAUAGAGGAGCGAAGGAUUCGGAAUUGUCAGCCAAUGAAAUGGAGUUGCUGUUGUGGAGUGUACG